AUGGCGGGAGGCCCCAAAGAUGUCGAGCUCACGAGCGACAUCAAGUUCAUCGAAACCCCUGCGCCCAAGCCGAACCAGUUCGACACUGGCAAGGAUUGUGGAAUUGCCCUGACCAACUCACCGGCUAUUCACAAUGCUGCACUCCCUGUCGACGGUCCUGGAAACGAGAGCUUCUCCAACGUUCUGCUCGGAGUGGUCCUCGUUGGUGUCCCUGCGUUCAUCACCUACUACCUUGGUGGCGGCAAGAAAACCUUUAUUUUCUUCGCCCUUGUACUAGUUCUUCCGCUCUUGGUGGUCUUCUGGACCUAUGCCUCCUCCCUCAGCCCUCGCACCAAUGAAAAGGUCAAAUUGACCGGCCGACCCGUGGAACACUACUUGACCUUCAAGCGGGAGGAAGACAAACGCCGAUACCGUGGAAGCAACAAGGUUCCCUUGCCCGCUCUUGCUGAGAUGUACCUGGAUGGACACGUGGAAUUCAACGGCGAUAUCCUGGACGCUUUGGAAUACCGCCACGACUGGGCAAACUUCACCUUCACCCUCGAGCUGUUCAAGUUCAUCGUCUUCACCUUCUUCGUUGACGUGCUCUUCCACACCAAGGCUCAGGAUGAGGAGCAGAUCCGUCCCAACUACGAUAGCGGAAACGACCACUACGCCUGGUUCCUCGGCCCUCGCAUGAUCUACACUGCCGGUAUCAUUUCUGACAUUGAGAAGGAAGAGACUCUGGAAGAGAUGCAAGAUAAUAAGAUGGCAAUCGUCUGUGAGAAGAUCGGUCUCAAGGAGGGCGAGACCAUGCUGGACAUUGGCUGUGGCUGGGGAACUCUGGCUCGCUUCGCUAGUUUGAACUAUGGUGCCAAGGUUACCGGUGUGACCAUUGCUGAGAACCAGACGGCUUGGGCCAACGACGCUCUGCGCAAAGCCAAUAUUCCCGAGGAGCAGAGUAAGAUUCUGUGCAUGGACUACCGCGACAUUCCCGAGCAGAAGUUCGACAAGAUCACCCAGCUGGAGAUGGGUGAGCAUGUCGGUAUCCGCAAGCUCACCAAGUUCUUCCGCCAGUGCUACGACAUGCUGAACGAUGAUGGUGCUAUGUAUGUCCAGCUUUCGGGCUUGCGACAGGCUUGGCAAUAUGAGGACUUCAUCUGGGGUCUCUACCUGAACAAGUACAUUUUCCGCGGUGCCGAUGCCUCUACCCCUCUCUGGUACUACAUCAAGUGUUUGGAACAAGCUGGUUUUGAGGUGAAGGGCGUCGACACCGUCGGUGUUCACUACUCUGGAACCCUCUGGAGAUGGUACCGUAACUGGGUGGGCAAUGCGGAGGCCAUUAACGCCAAGUACGGACCUCGCUGGUACCGUAUUUGGGAGCUCUUCCUUGCCUGGUCUGUCAUCGCUUCGCGUGACGGUUUCGCCACCUGCUACCAGAUGGUUGUUGUGAAGAACCUGAACUCGAUUCACCGCAUCAACGGUGUUCCCACCCAAUACGGUCUGAAAGGGGCCCUCGAGGCCAGCAAGAAGGCCGGCAAGAACCGCCUGCCCCAGUAA